AUGGACGAAGCACUGUCUCCAGAACAGAUAUUGGCAUUCAAAAAAGCCUUCAAGCUAUUUGAUGACAACGGUGAUGAUUUAAUUCCUCUAAGCGAGCUAGGAACAGUCAUGAGAGCUCUCGGCCAAAAUCCUACUGACGAAGAACUUGAUGAAUAUGGUAAGGAAUUCGACCCAGACAAUAACGGUCUCAUUUAUUAUGAAGGAUUCCAAGCACUUAUGAUUAGAAGGCUCAAAAAAGAUGACCGUGAAGAAGAAAUGCUUGAGGCCUUCCGAGCAUUUGACCGAGAAGGAACAGGAAAAGUGAAAUGUGAAGAUAUCAGAGAAUCAUUCUUAGCUCUCUGCAAAGAUCUCACCGAGGAUGAGCUUGAAGAAAUGCUUAAAGAGAUGGACCCAGAAGGGUUCGGAGAAAUUGACUAUAUUAGUGCUGUCAAGAAAAUGAUCACUUCUCAAACAGCUCCUCCUAAAAAAGCCAAAAAAGGAAAGAAAAAGAAAAAAUAA